AUGCCGACUCAUAAGGACAAUACAGAUGCUGCGUCCGUUGGCGAGAAGCAGGAUGGCAAGAUGCUCGAGACAUCUCUUGACCAUGUCCCUAGCCAUGCCAACGGUACAAUCGCCACCAUCGACGGCAUAGACCCUGCAACUCUUCAUAACGAUGAAGUUAUCACUCAAGCGAUCCAAGCCAUUGGCUUCGGCAAGUUCCAGUGGCAGCUAACCUUCUCCUGUGGUUUCGGUUUCCUAGUUGAUCAGAUGGUCCUUGUCUCUAUCAGUCUUGUUACACCGCAAGCUGCCAUGGAAUUCGGUCCUCGAUAUGCAACUCUCCUUUCCGCGUCUUCAUAUGCUGGGUUACUCAUCGGCGCUUUAUUUCUUGGUACCCUCGCCGAUAACUUUGGCCGACGAUUAGUCUGGCAGGCUUCUAUCUUUGGGUGCUCUAUCAUGACUGCCAUUGCUGCUAGUUCUCCGAAUUGGGCUGCUCUGAACGUCUUUAUUGCUUUGAUUGGCUUGUUUGCUGGUGGUAACCUGGCUAUCGACUUAACACUUCUGGCGGAAGCCAUUCCUCAGGAAUGGUCUUUCAUCUUAUCAAGUCUCGCUGGGAUCUGGGGCUUCGGGAACGCAGUCACGGGCCUCAUUGCUUGGCCUCUUCUCGUCAACUUCGGAUGCCCCAGCGGCUCGACCCCCGAUACCUGCAGCCGCAGCGAAAACAUGGGCUGGCGAUACCUUUACAUCACUCUCGGUGGACUCUGUCUCGUCAUGUCGCUUAUCCGAGCUUUCGUUCUACGAUCCCUCGAGUCGCCCAGAUGGCUCGUCUCUUGUGGAAAGAUGCAAGAGGCUGCGGAGGUUAUCAACCAUAUUAGCAGGAUGAACAAGUCUGAUUAUCAUGUCACUGGUGAUAAUUUCCUGCAGCCUGAGCAAGAGAAAGCCGAUGGUGAGAUCCGGUUGAUGGUUGGCCUCAUCAUGAUCUGGGCUCUCAUCGGCAUCGCAUACCCGCUCUACACCAUCUUUCUCCCUUACUACCUAGCCGCCCACGGCGCCAACUUCGGUGAAACCAGCAACUACAUAACCUACCGCGACUGGACCGUCUCCUCAAUCGUGGGAAUUUUCGGCCCCCUCCUAAGCACUGUCCUCGUAUCAUCCCACUACUUCAAAUCCAAGCGCUCAAUGCUCCUCACCGGCAUAAUCUGCUCUGCAUUCUCCGGAGCAUUCACAUCAGCUCGAACAGCAGCGGAAAACCUCGCGUUCUCAUGCAUGAUCAACUUUUCGCUCAAUGCUUUGUAUGCUAUUGUUUACUCGUACACCCCGCAGGUUCUUCAGGUGCAGAAUCGUGGGAUGGGUAUGGGGUUGCUCAUGGCGGUUGGGAGGAUGGCGUCGCUGAGUGCGCCUUUCAUUGCGACCUUUGCGGAUGUUUCGACUUCGGCGCCGAUUUGGGUCGCGUGUGCCUGUUUCUUGGCCAUUGGGCUUAUUGCAAUGCUUCUUCCGGCUGAUACACAACCUUAUGUAUCGAACAAGAGCCACAAUUCUAGUGUCUGA